GCCGGGGCCCGAGCAUGGGACGGCGUGCCUGAGGGGACAGAGAGGGAGCGCGCGGCCUGGGACCCCGACAGGGACGGCGAGGAAGGGGACGUGACGGCAAGGAGGAUGCAACUGACUCGCUGCUGCUUCGUGUUCCUGGUGCAGGGCAGCCUCUACCUGGUCGUCUGUGGCCAGGGUGACAGUCCCCAUGGCUCCGAGGAGGCUGAGCACGAUGACCACGAGAGCCAGCCUCGGCCCCGUGUCCCUCGGAAGCGGGGCCACAUCUCACCAAAGUCCCGCCCCUUGGCUAACACUGCCCUGCUAGGGUUGCUGGCUCCACCUGGCUCUGAAGCUUGGGGUGUCCUCGGGCAGCCCCCUAACCGCCCGAACCACAGUCCCCCACCCUCGGCCAAGGUGAAGAAAAUAUUUGGCUGGGGGGACUUUUACUCCAACAUCAAGACGGUGGCCCUGAACCUGCUGGUCACGGGGAAGAUUGUGGACCACGGCAACGGGACCUUCAGCGUCCACUUCCGCCACAACGCCACAGGCCAGGGCAACAUCUCCAUCAGCCUCGUGCCACCCAGCAAGGCCGUCGAGUUCCACCAGGAACAGCAGAUCUACAUCGAAGCCAAGGCCUCCAAAAUCUUCAACUGCCGCAUGGAGUGGGAGAAGGUGGAGCGGGGCCGCCGGACCUCGCUCUGCACCCACGACCCAGCCAAGACCUGCUCCCGCGACCAUUCUCAGAGCUCGGCCACCUGGAGCUGCUCGCAGCCCUUCAAGGUGGUGUGUGUCUACAUCGCCUUCUACAGCACGGACUAUCGGCUGGUCCAGAAGGUGUGCCCAGACUACAACCACCACAGCGACACCCCCUACUACCCUUCUGGCUGACCUGGGCAGGCCGCAGAGGCCAGGCCAGGGCUAGGAGGACGGGCGGCCAGGGUGGACGCCAACUGCCCGACACCCGGCAGGGAGGGGGACAGAAGGGCCCCAGGCAGGGAGGGGAGAAGAGAUGCAGAGAUGUGGGGUGGGCCGAGCCCCAGUGGCAGGGCUGCGCCCCAGGCUGGCCUCAGCCCGAGGCUGUGUGGCUGCUAGAAGGUGGAGCCCGGGGGAGGACAGCACUCCUGCAGCCUUGCGCGCUUUGCUGAUGCCAGUCCCAGGCCCCUGGGCAGGCAGACAGUGGUGGCUCCAGGUGGAGUCAUGGAGGAGACCCUAAACCCUUGGCGCCCUCCUUUCCCUCCUGAGUGAGGACAACAGCAGCAGAGGGGGUUUCAGGAGUCAGCAAGGGUGCAUGGCUGAGCCAGGGCAUCCUGGGAGACCAUAGUGGGCAGCCCUGAGCCGCGUCCCUGCCCCAAGCCCUGCAUGAGGCCAAAGUGGUGAUCCUUGAGGUCUUUACUGUUGUGACAAAAAGUCCAUCGGUCUCCAGCCAGGCCACCCCUUUCCACAGUCCCCACCCCCCAACCCCCGCCAGCACUCCAUACUGUUGUCGCUACCACACCUGUCCUUAGACCAAGACAGGACCAUGCCGGUCCUCCUGGCACCUGCCCUUGGUAGAUGCCCACCCAGGUGUCAAUGUGUCCUGCCGCCACACCCCCUGCUGAGAAUGGUCCCUCCACAGUCAGCCUGCCUGUCAGAUGGGACCCUCACUCCCAUCUGUUGGCCACCAGCACUGGCCGUGAGGACGCUGGGCCUGCU